AAGCGUCCAGCUGCGUCUGGCUAUGCGAGGAUUGCCCAAGCAGAAGAGGAAGAAGAUGAGCUGAUACACUCCGACAAUGAAGACCCAUUCAACGACUCUGCGUACACAAUUUCCUCGCCGACUGCUCAGUAUGCGCCCAUACAGCCUAAUCGUCACCGCCACUCCAUGCGCAUGCCUGACGGCUCGGGACUGCCCAGGCCAGGCAGAGCUAGACGCGCCAACAGCGCUGUAGACAUCAAGGCGAUCAACGCGAGAUUGGAGAAAUGGGCAGACGAGAUCAAAGAGCGAUUCAAAAGACGGAAGGUGAAGGGGAAGACUUCGUACGAGGAGCAAUUAGAGAUUCAUCAUUCAGUAUUCCAAGCGCCAGACUGGAUCCGACCUGCGACCAGGGACACUUUAGACGAGGACUUCAACGACGAUAGUGGAGUCGAGCGAAUGUCCAAACUGGAAUUCGACGAUCUUGUGGAGUCUGUGCGGACUGCUAUUGAACUUGGCCUGCAUCCGAAGCUUAUCUCACAAGGCAGCAGUGGCUCCUACUUUGCGCGAAAUAGCGGAGGCAAGGUCGUAGGCGUGUUCAAACCAAAGGACGAAGAGCCUUAUGCGAGCAAGAAUCCAAAGUGGACCAAAGUAACUAUGCUGAUUCCCAACUUGAGUUACGUAUCUGAAGCUGCUGCAUAUGUGCUGGACUGUCAGCUGAGGACGAAUUUGGUGCCCUACACAGAUGUCGUGGGAUUGAGUAGCAAGAGCUUUCACUACGAUUGGAUGGAUCGGAGGGCAUAUUACAGGAAACGAAAGGCAUUUCCAGAAAAGCUAGGCUCAUUUCAGGUAUUCCUGAAAGGUUACAAAGGAGCGACAGAGUUCUUUCGAGAGCAUCCCUGGCCGGACCAGCACGAUGCUGCUGCUGAUGGCUACGACACGGAAGACGAAGAAGAUGACACUCCUGGUGGGCAAAGUCGAUCUACAACGCGAUACUGGACAGAAGAACUACAGCAGAGCUUCCGAGAAGAGUUGGAAAAGCUUGUAAUCCUGGACUACGUGAUGCGAAACACAGACAGAGGAACAGACAACUGGAUGAUCAGGAUAGAUAAGGACACGAACAAGGCUUCUAUCGUCAAGGAGCCUCCGAAAGAGAAUGGAAAUUUGGGCACAGAUGGCUAUAAUAGAAGAGAUGAGAGCAUGACGACAUCAAGAUCACCAAGUACUGGGUACGAUACAGCUACACCGAGAAUAGGUGCUAUUGAUAACUCCUUGUCAUGGCCUUGGAAACACCCUGAUGCUUGGAGAAGCUAUCCAUUUGGCUGGUUGUUCCUACCAGUCAGCUUAAUCGGGCGACCAUUCUCCGAGAAGACGAGGAGACAUUUCUUACCACUUCUCACUUCGAAAGAUUGGUGGAGUCAGACGCAAGUGAAGCUACGGAAAUGUUUUGAGAUUGAUGUCGAUUUCCAAGAGAAGAUGUUCGCAAGGCAAAUGGCGGUCAUGAAGGGCCAGGCCUGGAACGUUGUUGAGACACUCAAGACACCAGAUCACGGUCCUCUUGAGCUGACACGGAGAAAUCGAGUGCACGUGUGGGACGAUCUGGUAGACAUACCUGUGGCCGUACCGCUGACACGAGCGAGCGAGGAGAUGCGCCGACGAGCAGCAGCAAUGAAUGCCAUUGAUAACCAACGGCGCAUGGUGCCUUCCAACCCUAGUCAACCACGAGAUAUUGUCGAGGAAGAGGAGAUGGACAUUUCAUCGGCACUACAGCCGACCAACCCAGCACCGAACGGCGAUCUACUGGGCGUCACUGGCACUUCUCUUCCUGAAACAUCGAACCGCUUCAACCACUCUAGACAGAACUCCGCUCAAGACAUCCACCGACCAGAAGUCCAAAAGCUUACAUUCUCACCAUCCACAGCACGAGGCACACAAAGCGCGCAAAGACCUGGCGCGCCAUAUCGUUCACGAACGGGUGGCCAUCGCAGGAGUCACGACAUCCCCCGCAACAACUCCGCGUGGCAAUCACCUACAGCUACCAGACAUCAUAAUCGGACAUUCUCGCUCAGCUUCUCCGGCCGGAGAAACUCGAUGGCGGAUCCAAACUUUGAGGAUGAUGGAGAUUUGGGAUAUGCUGCGACAGCUGAGCGGGAAGGCGCUAUGAGGAAGGUCAUUGUGGAAAGAUUAGAGAUGGUGAAGACGAGGGCGCCGGUAUUCAAAUGGUGCUAA